AUGGCAUUGGACAUUGAAAAGGCCCCCACCGAGCAAGGAUGUGAACCUCACUCCUACGAUAUCAUCAUCGCAUCCGACGUGUUUUCUGCCACCUCAUCGCUCCCGACGACCUUGAAAAAUGUGCGACAGCUUCUCAAGCCAGGUGGCUAUCUCGUUCUGUCGGAGCCGACUAGCCCCGGCUUUAGUACCGCAGCUAGCACUCCUGAUGAGCGGAUUGGCCAGAAAGACGGCUACAUUGACCGGCAACCACUGACACUAGGGAUGUGGCAUUCCGCAUUGCGCAAGAACGGGUUCGGUGGAGUUGAUGCUGCUACUUCUGAUAUGGACCGCGUCGCUGCUCCAUUCUCAGUCAUGGCGUCCCAGGCCGUGGAUAAUCGAGUGGAGUUUCUGCGUCGGCCGCUUUCCAUCCCCUCGCCACCCAUUCACAUCGAAAGCCUGGUGAUUCUCGGGAAUGGGACCCUUGAGACCGUGCGCCUUGGAGAAGAGGUAGUUGAGAGCCUGGGGCGCUUCUGCGGCGAGACGAUCGUUCUCAAUGGCCUACCUACCGAGGAUGAGGCGCUGCAGUUGCACCCAAUGAGUACUUUCGUGAACCUGGUUGAUCUUGACUCCGCAAUUUUCAAGGAUAUGACCCCUGAAAAAAUGGACGGCCUGAAGCGAAUGGUGGAGCUGGCAAAGCAAAUCGUCUGGGUCACGCAAGGCGCCCACACCGACCACCCCUACCACAUGGCAAGUGUUGGCUUCACCCGCACUAUCAGACAAGAGGCCGGGCAUAUCACUUGGAACCUUCUGGAUGUCUCCGAUCUGCAGCACAAUACGGCCAAGGCUAUCGCCGAGUACCUUCUGCAACAGAGCGCCCUAGAUGAGUGGGAGGCACCGCCAUCGGCACUCGGCGAUCGGGAACAUCGGGACUUUGCAUUGCUUUGGUCAAAAGAGCCCGAGGUGUUCCUUGACCACGGAAAGCUGAAGAUUCCUCGGCUGAUGGUGAACAAUGAGCAAAACGCCAGACUGAACUCGUCUAAACGUGUCAUCACCAAGACCGUCCCGAUUUCUCACCCAGACAUCACCGUCCUUCCGCCGUCCUCCCUCGUGGAGCUCGUUGGUGGCAAGCGCAAAAUGAACUCUGGGGAUUCCUUCAAAGUCGAAGCCUCAAGUGUGAUGGCGAUCCGUAUAUUGGAGGGAAUUUUCUUGUACCUCGGCGCCGGCAAGGGCACAGAUGGAAAGAUGCACAUUUUUGUCUCGACCGCCAACUCUUCUGAGGUCUCUCCAGUUGCGAGUGGAGUAGUGGAUUCGAAAGCUGAGGCCGACAGACUUCUCGUCGCCGUUGCGAGUGAGCUCCUGGCUGACUCCCUGCUUCAUCAAAUCCCCACUGGAAGUCACAUACUUGCUCAUUGCUCUGGGAAGGAUCGAUUCCUCGUUGCGGCCCUGUCCAGGCAAGCUGCCGCUAGAGCAGUACGCGUCGAAUUCACAUGUGAUGGACAAGACAAACAGCGAGACCCAUCGUGGAUCACCCUGGAUGUACGAACUCCCAACCAUUGCGUGCGCGAGAGGCUCCAUCAAAUCAAGCCUACGCAUUUCCUCGACUUGACUGCGUCAACCUCACUUAGCGAGACCGGUCUGCGUGUUGACCAAUUCUUGCCUUCGCGAUGCAGUCGGAUCAGCCUUUCAACUGCCAUAAGACACCAGUCGUCAUCACUCGCUGUGUCGUAUAAUAAAGCAGGUCUGGCGGGCCGACUCGAAGAUGCCGUUUCUCGGGCGGUCGUCGUCCCAGUUGACGUUGAGGACUUGGUUACCUCGGUUGACUCCCUUGAAGCGCUCGGCCAAAAGAGCGCAACAAAUGUCAUCACAUGGCCUGUGGAUUGCUUUGUCGAGGUCGAGGUGUGUCCUUUGGAUGCUCCAGCUCUCUUCUCCAAAGACAAGACCUAUAUUCUUGUCGGUCUCAGCGGCUCGAUGGGACAGUCGAUUUGUGAAUGGAUGGUAUCGAAUGGUGCUGGGUGUGUCUGCUUGACAAGCAGACGUCCUAAGGUGGACGAGAACUGGCUAAAGUCCUUCCGUGGAACUGGUGCCACCGUCAAGGUUCUCUCAAUGGAUGUCCUCGACAAGGAAAAACUGCAGAGUGCCGUGGAUGAGAUCCGGAAGACAUGCCCACCAAUCGCUGGUGUCGCCAAUGGAGCCAUGAUCCUCGAAGACCAGCUUUUUGCAAAUAUGUCAGCCGAUUCAAUGCAAAGAGUCCUUGGUCCCAAAAUUGACGGUUCCAAGAACUUGGAUGAUGUCUUCUACUCUGAGGACCUUGACUUCUUUGUCAUGUUCUCAUCUAUUGCCUCUGUCUUCGGCAACAUUGGUCAAUCCAAUUACAAUGCAGCAAACGCAUUCAUGGGUGGACUUGCUAGACAGCGGAGAAGACGUGGCCUGGCUGCCUCUGCCAUUGAUAUCGGCCAGGUGACAGGUAUCGGAUUGAUCGAGGCCGCUGCUCAAAGUGUCCACGACCAGCUCAGGAAACUCCGCCUGGCGCUCGUUUCUGAGACGGUUCUACGUAAAGCGAUUGGUGAAGCCAUUCAGGCCGGUUACCCAGGACCUAAUGAUUACGACUACAUUCCCACAGUCACCACUGGGCUCCGCAUUUACAGUGACGAGGAGAAGGAAGAGGUCACAGGUCCUUGGUUCACUAACUCAUUCUUCUCGCAUAUGGUCUGGCAAAGUGACACCUCAGCAUCAGGACCCGACGAACAGGAUAUAAGGGCACUUCCUGUCCGCCAACAGCUUGCAACGGCUACCACGGAGAGAGAGGCUCUCGAUAUCCUGCAAGGCAUGUUUACCCUACGUGUGAUUCUAUCAGCAGAAAACUAA